ACAGAGCGAGGGCGCGCAUAGAGACGCAAAGAUAAAAAGGGCGACAAUCAUCAGAAACAAAAAGCCUUCCCUUCUCCUGCGAUCCACUUUGAGCAAAGGAGGUGGUGCCUAGCCAGAGAUGAGAGUUAACAAUAACACGACAUCAAACCCGAAACCCGUAGAAAGCACAAUCGGCCUCGAGCCCACAUCGGUGCUGGACCUGUGUAGAAGCCCCACCCCUGAGAAGGCAGUGGCUGCGCUGGUGGCUACUGCACCCAACACACAGCAAGAGUGUCUUGACCAGCUGGAGGACCAUGUGCUUCACAAUCUUGAUUGGGACUCCAUCAUGAAGGACCUUGGAUUCCAUGAAGACUCCAACCCACCCUUGUUCAAGACCACCCUCCCUAAUGUCCCUGACUUCUCUCCUUCCUUCGACCCACACUCCGAAUUCCCAGACAUCCAAACCAUGUCCUACAACUACGCCAACGCCACUGCCACCCUCGACCAUCUCCUCCACGACACCUCCAAUAAUUCUGCCGCCACCGGCUUCGAUUUCAUAGAGGAGCUCAUCCGUGCUGCCGAUUGCUUCGACACCAACCACCUCCACGUGGCUCACGUCAUAUUGGAGCGACUCAAUCAACGCCUCCGAUCCCCUGCGGGUGCAAAGCCUCUCCAACGCGCCGCCUUCUACUUCAAGGAAGCUCUCCAGGGCCUCCUCUCCGGUUCCAAUCGUACUCCGCGUUUCUCCUCCCUCGUUGAGAUCGUCCACUGCGUCAGAACAUUCAAGGCCUUCUCUGGAAUCUCGCCGAUCCCUAUGUUCUCCAUCUUCACCACCAACCAGGCGCUCCUUGAGGCUUUUCAUGGCUCCUCCUUCAUGCACGUCCUUGAUUUUGAUAUCGGAUUAGGGAUCCAGUAUGCUUCGCUCAUGAAGGAGAUUGCAGAAAAGGCGGAUUCCUUGAAACACGGAUCGCCGCUUCUGCGCAUCACCGCCGUGGUUCCCGAAGAGUACGCCGUCGAGAGCAAACUGAUUCGGGAGAAUCUCAGCCAGUUCGCGCACGAGCUCAGGAUCCGCGUCCAGGUCGAGUUUGUGCCACUCUGCAACUUCGAGACGCUGUCCUUUAAGGCGGUGAAGUUCGUCGAUGGCGAGAAAACCGCCGUUCUUCUCUCGCCUGCGAUAUUCCGACGGCUCGGAUCCGCUGGGAGCACCGCGGCCUUCCUGGCGGACGUUCGGAGGGUUUCGCCGAGCGUGGUGGUGUUCGUGGACGGGGAGGGGUGGACGGAGGCUGCGGCAGCGGCGUCGUUCCGGCGCGGCGUGGUGAGCAGCCUAGAGUUCUACUCGAUGAUGCUGGAGUCGCUGGACGCGUCGAUGGUUGCAGGAGGGGAGUGGGUGAGGAGGAUCGAGAUGCUUCUGCUGCGCCCGAAGAUACUAGCGGCGGUGGAGGGAGCGGGGCGGAGGGUUCCGCCGUGGAGAGAGGCUUUCUAUGGUGCCGGAAUGAGGCCGGUGCAGUUAAGCCAGUUCGCAGAUUUUCAGGCGGAGUGCUUGCUGGCUAAGGUGCAAAUCAGGGGCUUCCACGUGGCAAAACGCCAAGCUGAGCUUGUGCUCUUCUGGCACGAGAGGGCCAUGGUUGCCACGUCAGCUUGGCGAUGUUAGGUUAGGGAAAGAAAAUCAUUAUUGGGGAAGGGAUUUCAGUUCACUACACUACAACCAAAAUAGAGAGUACUGUAAUCAUCAUAAUCAAAUAAUUGUAAUAAUAAUAACAAUAAUAAUAUAUAUAGGGGUAAUUAGCUUCCAACUUGCAACUCGUAACGCAGUAGUUUUUAAUUAGUGAAUUGGGGAAAGAAACACAAAAAGAGAAAAGAAAGGGGGGAAGUAGAUAAACUUGUAUUUAUUCCCACCAUUUUGUUUUGUUCAGUUAAAUUGGGGCGUCUUUCUUUGUUGAAGAUAAGCUAAGUCUGUUGCAUUAUGUGCUUCAGUGGCUCUUGUUAUGUUAAUGAACUUUGCUGGUUGUCAAAAUUCGAAGUAGUGUCCUUUCUAUCUCUUUAUGCCUUAUGGUAUGGUAUGGGGUAUUUUGCUGCAAAAGUGAGAAAUCAAAGGUUUGUGGAAUUACGAUCGAUCGAGCAUAUUCAGUAUGGAAUAAUAAGCUUUGAAUAAUCACAUGAUGGUUCUUUCUUUCUGGUUUUGUUAUUAGCGGUAUGAAAAUAUGUUCUGAGAACCAAACUGGCUUUGUUGUUUGACUUUGACGUCACAUGAUCACAUGAAGAAAUAUGUUUGGCCUGGGCAGGAAGAACAUUCUGUAGCACCUCCAUCGGGUGAGAGCAUCUCCACAAAAGCAAAGGGGGAGAAAAACCAAUGCUGCUAGCCUAGCAUACCAGUUUGAUUCUACUCUAGCUUUCACAGUGUCAUAUUUUGUUAUUAUAAUUA